GCCCAAGCAUGCGCGUCAUAUAGGUUAGGCCAUUAACAUUGCUUCUGCACGUCCUCCCGCGUCGCGCAGUACUUCUAACUAACCCAGCACUAUCAGCAGCUGUGACUGCCACCUUGGUCGUGAAUCCCUUGUCGAAAUGCGUCCAGCUCCAUGCCCGUCACGCCUGGGUGCGCGGUGCACUGCAUCGUCUUGUGCUGCUGCCACUCAGUUGUGCCAGCGUUGUCCAGCAUGUAGCACGCCACACACCCGUUGCGCAGCUCAUCCAUCAGUUCCUCUACCUGCUGCCACUCCGUGCUCGCCUCCCGCUGUGCGUCGUGCCAACUGCGCGUCCCCUCUCCGCACUGGUUGCACCCAGCCGUCUCUAUGUUGUUGCACUCCACCCGCUUGCCGUCUAAGUAGCUGCUCAUCAGCCCUUGUUAACACCUGCUGCUAAUUAGAAACAUGCCCAUUGCCUGCACGUCCAAGUUGUUGCUCUUCUGCUUUAUUAUCUGCUCAACCUCGCCCUGCUCUACCAACACUACUGAAUCCACCCUUUCGCCAGCUCGCCCCCCACGCCCACUCUCCUGCGCGUAGUCGAUCAUGCUCCACGGCAUCCUCACGUGCAGUAUGAACACGAUCCUGGGGAAGUCUACCCCUGUGCCUAGCGCUGACGUCGCUGUCAUCAGCCCUCCUUCUAUCAACCACU